CGCCGGUGGGCAGCAUGGCCGACUCGCUGCUGCUGUUUAAGAGGGGUCCUUCUCGCUCCACGUGGCUGCGGGCCCGCAAGGCCCGGCAGCACCUCAUCCUCAGCUACCGGCCCCGCCGCCGGCUCGGGAGGCUGCGCUGGCGCAGCCGAAGGCGCUUUCGGCGGCGACUGCUGCAGGCCCAGGCGGCCGGCGUGGACUGGCGGGAGGGCGGCUGUCUGGUGUCGCGUGCGGCGGCGCCCCGGAGGCACAAGACCGCGGCCCCCAGCCCCCGCCCGCCCGAGGAUCCGGCCCCGAGUUGUUCCGCGAUCCUCCCCAUCCCGCCUGUGCGGUCGGCCGGCUCGGGCCGCGCCGUGUUGCUGCUGCCGCUGGGGCAGGGCUUUACUUUUAGCGGGAUCUGUCGUGUGACCUGCCUCUAUGGCCAGGUGCAGGUGUUUGGUUUUACCAUCAGCCAAGGCCAACCUGCCCAAAACGUCUUCUCUACCUAUACCCACUGUCGCCUGACUAUCAAUGCAGUUCAUUACUCAGUGCAUGAGAAAAGCAAGAAGGAGAUGAAAAGGGAAGCCCGAAGUUUGCUCAGAUCUUAUCUGAACCAAGAUGACAGAUACUGUUUGAUGAAGAAUUUUUCUCCUCUGUGUUCCAUUCUGUUGCUGGAACGUCUGAAAACCUCCACUGUGAACUUCAUAAUCAGCCAUCCAGGUUUAUCUUACGUUUUCGUACAAGAGAUUCCAACUUUCCAGAUUAACUCUGAGUAUUUCGCCUUGAAAUCUGUCGGCAUUAGAAGAGAGAGAAAAAAAAACGGCCUUCGUUUAACCGAGAGUGCCUUUUCAGUCAUGGAAGAGUUAGUCAGCAUUUCUUGUGAAGAAGCAGACGGCUGCCCUGUCAUUCUGGUUUGUGGCUCUCAGGACAUUGGAAAGUCAACAUUUAUUAGAUACCUGAUUAACCAGUUGUUAAAUAGUAUAUCUUGCAUUGACUAUUUGGAAUGUGAUCUGGGACAGACAGAAUUUACUCCACCAGGUUGCAUUUCUCUACUUAAUGUUACAGAACCGGUUCUAGGACCACCUUUCACCCACCAGAGGACACCCCAGAAAAUGGUCUAUUAUGGGAAGCCUUCUUGUAAAAACAGCUUUGAAAAUUAUAUUGAGAUAAUAAAGUAUGUGUUCAGCUCCUACAAGAGAGAGUCCCCUCUUAUCGUCAACACGAUGGGCUGGGUGGCAGACGAGGGUCUCCUGCUUCUUAUUGACCUGAUCCGACUGCUGUCGCCCAGCCACGUCGUUCAGUUCAGCUCCGACCGGGGUAGGUACAUGCCAGACCUCAGCCCAAGCUACGUGGACAACAUGGACGGCUUGUACACAAAGAGCACGUCCAAAGUCAGAAACAGAGGGUUCCACCUGGCAGAAUUUGCAGACAGUUUAGAAUUUGCUGACGAAGAAAAGGAGAAUCCACUUCUGUUUACUGGAUUCAAACUGAUGUCCGUUAAGUCGGAGUUUGUGUCUGGAAAAACUCCAAGAAAUAGAGAAUCACAUAACAAAGUCCUUCGCGAGUUGGCAGUGCUGAGUUACCUUGGCCAGCUGCAGCCCCCAGUGCCAAAGCCACUGUGUCCCUUACAUGGUCUGACACCCUAUCAGGUCCCUUUCAAUGCCGUGGCACUCCGAAUUAUCCAUGCUGAUGUCGCUCCUACCCACAUAUUAUACGCUGUGAACGCCAGCUGGGUUGGGCUUUGCAAGAUCCUGGAUGAUGUCAGAGGAUACGCAAGUGGGCCCAUCCUGCUUGCCCAGACGCCCAUCUGUGAUUGUUUGGGGUUUGGAAUUUGUAGAGGGAUCGACAUGGAGAAGAGGCUUUACCACAUCCUCACUCCUGUGCCCCCGGAAGAGCUAAGAAACGUGAACUGUCUGCUGGUUGGAACCAUUUCCAUUCCACAGUGUGUUCUCAAGAGCCAGCGUGGGCUCGAAGGGACGAUACCUUACAUCACAACAGAUUAUAAUUUUAAACUUCCUGGAGCAUCAGAGAAAAUUGGAGCAAGAGAAAUUGAGGAAACACGUAAAGAGAAAGUACACCCCAAACCUAAAUUCUAUCGAAAAACAAACUGAUCCUGCUGUUCUUAAUCAGGGAAGGACCUUUUCUUCCGAGAGCUUGACUCUGUCUCCAGGCCGGCGCCAGCGGACCGAUGGGGUUCUGUGGCCAUGAACGGAACGGCGCGCUUACGUAGCAAAUGGUGCAGUGUUUGCUGCAUAACUCAUGGAUAUGUUUAGAGUACAUUUAAGUCUGUUCUUAAGUCGACAUGACCUAGAGGUUUGCCCUGGUCUUCUGUUUUAUUUUCUAAGGGAGUAAAGCAGCAGGGAAAAGUUUGUGCGCCAUUGAAACAGAAAGAACACGGUAGAUUCUUCAAAAAGUUUUUGCCGGACCUGGUUGUUGGCAUCUGGAUAAAAAUAGAGUAAUGGGAGCCACAGAAACGUCCUAAGGAGGAAGGCAGUCUGGCCAGCAGGAUGGAGGGCGUAGCGGAAUGUGGUGGCGCCCUGUGGUCCUUGCCCCGGGGCGGGGGGCGUUCCCAUCCCUGCGCGUUGGAUGCUCUCCAACCCCGUCCAUGCGUGUGGGCCAAGGGUUAAGCCUCUGUUUAGUCUGUUAAAGUUAAUCAAUGUUUCAGAGAUAAAAGUUUGACUCCAGAGCCCUUCUUCUUCUUCCUUUUUAAAAUCUGAUGCUGAAAAAUUUUAUGCUGAAAAAAUGCUCUCAAAUCCAGGAAGCCUGUCUUGGGGUCUCUUUAAGACCAGAUUUGUCCUAAUUGACUUCACAUCUGAGAUUAAAAACGCACAGUGGGCAGAGCCGGACACUAGGCUGUUCGGAAGAAGGACCGGGGGAGCAGCUCAUGCUCUUGGGCUCGGUGGCUGGACCUGAACUCUGUGUCAGUGAUGGUGCUGUUCUCCCAGGGGGCUUUGGGGCCAACGAUGGAACUCCGUCUUCUUCCUGGUGGUCAGGAUUCUUUAACCUCCCAGGUUGGAAGUGGUUUUGGUAAACAGUCCGGACAGCCAGGUCAGGUCACCAUUUCUGCGUUUAGGACACUGAGGUAGCCUUUCAAACUGGUGGUGUGAAUUCCAGCUUCCUAGCAGAAUGUGUUGAAGGACAGCUAUUAUGAUGUGUGGGUUUUAAUGUUUACGUUCAUUUAAACCGUUGACUGUCGUUGUCUUAAGUACUCACAUGGCUUCUCAUCUCAUCUUGUAGAGCCCUUGUCACCAUCCAGGAUCAGGUGUGAUACCCUAGAGACCAUUUAAUGUCUAGCUUCCUUUUUUUUGCGGUGGGAACCAUUUAAUUUGCAUACGGAGACUUGUAUUUACUGUGAUUCUUUCUACCAGAGGAACAAAGGGGGCCCUGCAGGAAGGGCUUCUUUUUUAAAAAAAAUUUAUUUAUUUUUUUAUACAGCAGGUUCUCAUUAGUUAUCCAUUUUAUACAUAUUAGUGUAUACAUGUCAAUCCCAAUCGCCCAGUUCAUCCCACCCCCCCACCCUAAUGUCUAGCUUCUUAGUUGCUUCUUAUUUAUAUCUAAAUUUAACUUGUACAUGGUUUUCUUUCUUGGCCUUGCAAAGACUAUUAACAGACAAUCCACCAUCAACUUUUUGCCUCCUUCCCAAGUUCCUGUACCUUUACAAUAAUACUGUAGGUCUUUAGCAGCAAGUGGUGGCCCGUCAUUUGCGUUUUCAUUAAAUCCAGGCUCGCUUUUAGCCUGUUUCCUGCUGGCCAUUAAGGCUGCGGGCUUCAGUCCCCAUCGGUAAAGAAAACAAACGUUGCCGCUAGAGGGAGCUGUCAGCCAUUGGUCAGCUGGCCUUACGGAGGCUGGAGAUGGCCUGGCUGAGGAGCCCACCUAGGCCUCUGUCAGCAUCCAGAGAUGCUGGAGACAGGGCGCUGUGGUCAGCUCCAGGUGUGCUAGUCAGGCUGGCAGCGGCGCAGCCACCUGGUGUGCUGGAUUAUCAGUGGCGAUGCUUUGGGCUUUCUGGCAUUUCCACUGUCUGUGAUGGCUCAGGACGGGUAGUGAGAGUUCUGCGUUGGAGAUGCUCUUAACAAAAACUCAGUCAUUUCUGUGUGUGAUUUUUAAAGCAGUACAUGCUUAUUUUAAGAAAAUUAAGCUGCCGCUGCCGCUCCUGGGGUCCCUGUGACAGGCGGGUCCUCACCCUUCUGGGCACUCAGGUUUCUGCCCGACAGACGGCGAGAGGACCAAGGGACGUGGGACGGUGAUUAUUAAAGCGUCUGGUAGUUGUUUCCCUUAGAUUUGGUUGAGGCCAUGUCGUGGUUAAGGCAGCAGGCUUUGAUGUUGGAGCUCUGAGUUCACCUUCUGGCUGGGCCACUGGCUAGCAGUGUAGCUCUGAGGGCGUAUUUAACCUGAGCCUGUGUCCUCUAAGAUGGGCGGAUAGCGCUUCCCUCGGGGCCCCUGCGUGAGGAGGGCGAGAGGCGUGUCUACAGCAGGCGAAGCAGUAACUCUUAGCAUGCGGCCUGUCUCUAAGGGUUGUAAAUCCAGAAGGCAGGACCACGAUCGUAUCCCUCACAGUCACACUGGGACAAAGCAGAAACUGUCGGCACCGGAAACCAUCUGACCUGGCGGUUCCCGGGCAGGUUUCCCUUAACAGCGUUCUUCCUGCUGUGGGUCCUGCCCAGGGCUCCGGAGAGGAAGGUCCCAGGGCUUCCACCGAUCACCCGCUCCUGGGAGUUUCUCAUAAACCCUGCUAACUGCUUUUAAAAUUGUGUGACCAGUUCACCAUGUAGGAAAUGAUCCUGAAGUCCCCACCACGGACUCCCUGUGGAUGCUGGGAUGCUGUCUCGUCCAGUGUUUUUCUAAAAUGCACGUGUGUGUUUGUUUUAUAAAACUGGUGUCCAACUGUAUGUGUGGUUUCUAUCCAGCUCUUUUCACUUAAUAUGUGAACUUCUGUAUCAUUAAAUAUUUUUGAGAAUGUGAA